AUGCGGCACCCUAUCAAGUCGCUCGCGCUCCUGCUUGGUGCGGCUGGUCUUGCUCGUAGUCAACUCGGUCUCGAGGAUGGCACGCUCGACUUCAGCACGUCUGGAUUCACUCUGUCCCUCGUGAAGGACUCCCAGACGCUCUAUUCCCUCGUCAGCCCGGCUGGCUUCGACUUUAUACCCGGCAACAUCAUGGGGAACCGCUCCGCUAACGGGCAGUACCACGUCGGAGACCUCACCUAUCGUGCACGUCUGGAAGGAAGCAACGACUGGGUGGAGGGCGAUACGGCUGCUUCGCGUGCGCCCGUCUCCGCGCUGGAGGCGGAGGGGGAUACCCUCGCAGCAGCGAACUUAAGCCCGACACUGGGAAGGAACCCAUUGUUGAAUAUUACGAGGCGUUGGGCGCAAGACGGGGACAGCGUGCAGCUGUUGUUUGACAUCGUGAACAGCCAAGGCUCUGCGGUGGAGAUCGGUGCAUUAGGCGCUCCUAUGGAGUUCAACAGCAUCCUGACAGACAAAACCGCCGACGAAGUCAACACGAAGUGUGCAUUCUUUGAUCCUUACAUUGGCGCGGACGCAGGAUAUGUCCAGGUCACGCCGCUUUCCGGAACCGAUGCGCCACUGGUCGUCAUCCCAGUAGACAGCUCUCCGCUCGAGGGCUGGCGUUUCUUGCAAGAGGACACUUCACCUUGGCCGUAUUAUCAGUCGCAGACCUUUGAAGGCCUCUAUGAAUGGCAAUUCCACACCCUCGCCUACGCCCAGAACGAAUGGUCCUCCGUCGACCCCUGGAACGCACCCACCUCCAUCACCCUGCAACCCGGCGAAUCCCGCACCUACGGCCUCCGCUUCCUCGUCGCCGACAGCAUCCGCACCAUCAACGACGCCCUCGCCGCCGCCUCGCACCCCGUCCUCGAGGGCAUCCCCGGGUACAUCAUCUCCGCCGACGCGACGGCGAAGCUGUUCGUGCGCUAUGCGUCGCCGGUGGCGCAGAUCAGCGUGGAGCCGGCGGGCGCGCUGAGCUGGAAGGAGAAUGAGGACGCGACGGAGGAGGGCGUGGUGGGGUAUGACUUGACGGUGGAGGGGUGGGGAAGGGCGAGGUUGGAGGUGACGUUUGAGGAUGGGACGUUGGCGACGGUGUCGUAUUGGUUGACGAAGAGCGCGGUGCAGACGAUUGCGGAUAUGGGCGAGUUUUUGACGACGGAUGCGUGGUUUACCGAUACCUCGGAUCCCUUCGGUCGUGCACCAUCUAUUAUCACCUACGACUAUGAGGCGAAAGACAUCGUGUUGAACGACCCGCGGGUGUGGAUUUCCGGCCUCUCCGACGAGGGUGGUACUGUCUACCUCGCCGCUGCAAUGAAACAAUUCAUGCAACCCAACGCCGAUGAGGUGGCCAAGCUGGAGCAGUUCAUCGCCGAAACCGUCGUUGGCAACAUUCAGAAUGAGGAUUUCUCUGUCAAGAAGUCUGUGUUUUUCUACGAACCCGGUGCUGUCGACUACGACUACCCGAGCAAUGUUGAUUGGGGUGUAUGGUGGUCUUGGAACAAAGCCGACUCAUACAAUGUCCAGCGCGCGUACGACUAUGUGCAUGUAGCUGCGCUGCACUGGGCACUGUACCGGGUUGCAAGGAACUACCCCGACUUGGUCAGCGUACACACAGCAGACUGGUACCUCUCGCAAGCAGCGUCAACAGUCAUCCGGAUGUCAGCUGGCGAUGUUGGCUACGUUGGUGAGUACGGAUUCCUUGAGCAAGACUGCCGUACUCACCUCACGGUAGACGUUGGCCUUAUGGGCGAGACCGUGUAUCUCUACAUCCUUGGAGACUUGAAGCGCGAAGGUCAUGCAAAUGCGACAGCGGUCGAGAAUGGCAUGCGGAGCCGUCAGGCGACCUGGGCGCGUCAGCGGUAUCCGUUCGGCUCGGAGCAAGCCUGGGACUCUACCGGACAAGAGGGCGUCUACGUCUGGAGCAAAUACUUCAACGACAGCACCACCGCCAGCAACACCAUCGACUCCAUCCUUGGCUACCAGCCCUCCGUCCCGCAUUGGGGCUACAACGGGAAUGCGCGGCGCUACUGGGACAACAUCUACGGCGGAAAGCUGCAGCGCUUCGAGCGACAGAUCCACCACUACGGCAGCUCGCUGAACGCUCUGCCGUUGCUGUUCGCAUACGAGUCUGACCCGAGCGACUACUGGUUGCUACGUACUGCCUUCGGAGGCCUGUCCGGCGCCCUUUCUAGCAUCAACAACGCAGGCUUCCCCGCCGCAUCUUUCCACUCUUUCCCAGACACGCUCAAAUGGGACGGUUACACCGGCGACUACGGCCAGUCCUUCUCCGGACAUGCAAUGGGUAUGGGCACCUACAUCAUGGAGCACCCUACGUACGGCUGGCAGGCAUACGGCGGCGUCGUGACCUCGCGUGAUGGUACCAUUGAGGUCGACGUUCUCGAUAGCUCGCGUCGCCGGGUGUUCGUUGCACCGCUGGGUGCACUGUUCACCGCCGACGCGGGCUCCUUCGCAUCCGUCAGCUUCGACCCGCAGGCACUCUCGGUCACGCUGACGCUUGUUGACGCGGUCGGGAAUGGCGCGUCUGCGCCCAAUGCAAGAGUUGCGGUCACGCAGACUGCGUCCGUCAGUGGCGUUGGCACGCUUUCACCGACGACGAACGCGACGGAGGACGCAGGGGCAUACAUUGUUCAAUUCUCCGGAUCCACAGCAUCCAUAACCUUUGCCUAG